UCGCCGCACCGCGGGCCGCCCGGACCGCCCUGGCGGAGCACCUUCCGGCGGACCCAGCGCGGAGCCUUGGGCUCGGCUGCGGUCCGGCGGCAACCCAGGUGUGGCGGCCUCAGGACGCGGCGUGAACACCGGAGCCGCACCCCGCGGGACCCCGGCCGCACCCCCGGAGCUCCAGGCCGCCCCGCCCCCGGCUCCGAAGGGCGUAGCUGCGUCGGGAGGAGCCUCAGCCUGGCUCGGGCGCUCAGGUGGCCCGGGUCCGCCCAAUGUGGAGACGAUGCCAAAGCUGCAGGGCUUCGAGUUCUGGAGCUGUACCCUGGGGGGGGCCCGCCACGUGGUGGCCCCCAUGGUGGACCAAAGCGAGCUGGCCUGGAGGCUGCUGAGCCGCCGCCACGGGGCCCAGCUGUGCUACACACCCAUGCUGCACGCCCAGGUCUUCAUUCGAGAUGCCAACUACCGCAAGGAGAACCUGUACUGCGACGUGUGCCCCGAGGACCGGCCUCUCAUUGUGCAGUUCUGUGCCAAUGACCCGGAGGUGUUUGUCCAGGCAGCUCUCCUGGCUCAGGACUACUGCGACGCCAUCGAUCUGAAUUUGGGCUGCCCGCAGAUGAUAGCCAAGCGAGGUCACUAUGGCGCCUUCCUGCAGGAGGAGUGGGACCUCCUCCAAAGAAUGAUUCUGCUAGCCCACGAAAAACUUUCUGUCCCUGUCACAUGCAAGAUCCGUGUCUUCCCAGAGAUUGACAAGACCGUAAGGUACGCCCAGAUGCUGGAAAAGGCUGGCUGCCAGUUGCUGACUGUCCACGGGCGCACCAAGGAGCAGAAGGGGCCCUUGUCGGGCACCGCGUCCUGGGAGCACAUCAAGGCUGUGCGGAAGGCAGUGGCCAUCCCCGUGUUUGCCAAUGGGAACAUCCAGUGCCUGCGGGACGUGGAACGCUGCAUCCAGGACACGGGGGUGCAAGGGGUCAUGAGUGCAGAGGGAAACCUGCACAACCCUGCCCUGUUUGAGGGCCGCAGUCCUGCCGUGUGGGAGCUGGCCGAGGAAUACCUGGACAUCGUGCGGCAGCACCCCUGCCCUCUGUCCUACGUCCGGGCCCAUCUCUUUAAGCUGUGGCACCACACGCUGCAGGUGCAUCAGCAGCUUCGGGAGGAGCUCGCCAAAGUGAAGACCCUGGAGGGCAUUGCCGCGGUGAGCCAGGACCUGAAGCUGCGGUGUCAGGAGGAUAUAUCCAGGCAGAAGGAGGGAGAGAAGCCUUCAGGCGGCUUGCCUUUCUUCCACUGGAUCUGCCAGCCCUACUUCCGGCCAGGGCCCAGGGAGGGGAGCAAGGAGAGCGGGGGCGCCCGUAGCAAGCGGGCCCUGGAGGAGGAGGAGGGCAGUACAGACGUCUUGUCCAAGAACAAGCAGAAGAAGAAACUGAGGAACCCCCACAAAACCUUUGACCCCUCGCUGAAGCCAAAAUAUGCAAAGUGUGAUCAGUGUGGAAACCCAAAGGGCAACAGGUGUGUGUUUAACCUGUGCCGGGGCUGCUGCAAGAAGCGAGCUUUCAAAGAGACGGCUGACUGUCCAGGUCACGGACUGCUUUUUAAAACCAAACUGGAGAAGUCUCUGGUCUGGAAGGGGGCCCAGCCGCAGCUACAGGAACCACAGCAGGCCAGGCCUGGAGAACCAGGUGGCUUCCCGGAGGUCGUGGGCAGUGCCCUGGCCUGAAGGACAGCUGCAGCCCCAUGUGCCAUCCCCCAGGCCCGCUGCUGAAGCCUUGAAAUGUCCCGCUUAAGGAAACUCCUUUACUCAGGGAACCUCCUGCUACUUCACACAGAAGGACAAGCUGGUCUUCCCUUCAGCCCAUGCUGGGGGCCCAGAGAUGCUGCACCAGGGAGCAGGCUCCCAGGCUGGACCUGCCCCGUCCUCACGGCCCACGUGUGUUCAAGAUGAACAAUAAAUCAUUUCAAAGACA